AUGGCCCAAAACCCAUUGCCAUAUCCAUUUCCCUACUCUCGGGCGGCAGAUCUAGAUUCGAGAAUCAAGAUUCCCCGGCCAAUUAUUGAUUCCGCUCUCGUGCCCAUCAUUGAUUCAUGGCUUCUCCCUGAGGAAGUGGAUCUUCGUCUUAUGCGCGGUCUCUCUAAUAGUGAGAAUAGCGAAACAAAUAACUAUCAUUCAGAUGCUAUCAUUGCAAAAGCACCGCAUCUAAAGCAUACCGAGCAUAUUGCUCCUGGGCCUAACGGCACCAGCGUGAUUCUAUCUGUAUUUGCACCAAAGGAGCCAACUUCGGCGGCCCUGCCGGCGUUAUACCACAUACAUGGAGGAGGAAUGAUUGCUGGGGAUCGGUUUUCUGGAGUUACUGAACUAUUGGACAUCCUGAAGGGUAUCGAAUGCAUUGUCAUAUCAGUCGAGUAUCGCCUUGCACCAGAGACUCGGGCCCCGGGGCCUGCAGAAGAUUGCUACACUGGGCUCGUUUGGGCCUCUGAGAACGCGGCCGCCAUUGGUAUUGACGCAGCCAAGAUUGUUAUAUGGGGUGUUUCCGGCGGGGGAGCUCUGGCAGCAGCAUUAUGUUUGAUGGCCCGGGACAGAAAAUCGCCAGCAAUUCCCAUCAAGGGCCAGAUGCUACUGUCUCCAAUGCUUGAUGAUCGAUGCGAUAGUGUCUCGGAUCAGCAGUUUGAAUAUGGCAGUCCUUGGUGUGGUGUGUCGAACCGCAUGGCAUGGGACUAUGUUCUUGGGGAAGACAGAGGGACAGACAAGGUAUCACAAUAUCAAUCGCCCUCCCGAGCAGAAGACCUGGCAAAUCUUCCAUCAACCUACAUCGACGCUGCUGAGUGCGAGGUAUUUCGCGACCCUGCAGUGCUGUAUGCUACAAACAUGUGGCGAUGUGGUUCAACUUGCGAAUUGCACAUCUGGCCGGGAGCCUUUCACUUAUUCGAUGGAAUGGAUAAUCCUAGAGUGCCACUUAUUCACGCUGCAGUUGCUGCAAAGCAAACUUGGAUAAGAAGAAUUAUGAUGCGCUAA